CCCGCCUGAGCUUCCGGGGAACGGACGUCGAGGAGAGCGGACUGUUGCCGCUGGCGGGGCGGGGUCUGUCUGUCGUGCUGUGUUCAGUGCCAGCUUCCGCGGCUCUGUUCAUCGGUUAUGGAAGUGUAAAUAGAAGCGGCACGCAUAACGAACUUACAAGAUUUUUGCUUAUAUUUCCCUGGAAGUUACAUAAAAAAUGUCGAUCAGAGAGUUCAAAAUAAUCAUAUCCUUCCUCUGAUUUUGUAAGGCCUAUGUCUUUGACUCAAAGCUGUUAGUAAUGCUGAUUUGCAAGGAUGGUGAAAACAUAGAAUAGAUAUAUUUUAAAAUAUGCUAUUCAGAUGGCGUGGUCAGAUCUACUAAAAUAGACUUACAGGACAAGAAACACAGUUGCUGGCUGCUAGUGUCCUUUAUCAGUCUGUUCUCCACAGUUUUAUCCACCUGGGGAAUCGUUCAUGAACAGAACAGAUAUUUGCUGGCUAUGAAUUAUUGAGGACAUGGAAAGCGAGUGGGAGUCAGCAGAGUCCACCUCUUCCAUAUGUCUGCACAUGUGGUUUAACUCACUGUCAACUCCUAUCCCAAGUCUUGUAGAAGAAAAGGCUUUGAGGCUUUUUAAAUUGUUACACAGAACUCGACAAGAAGUUUUUAAGAAUGAUACAAGAGCCCUUGAAGCUGCAAGACAAAAGAUAAACGAAGAAUUCAGAAAUAACCAAAGUGAAACAUCUGAAGAGAAAAUAAAUGAGCUCCUGAAAAUAGCUUCAGAUGUUGAAAUGAUUCUCAGAACUUCUGUUAUUCAGGCAGUUCACACAGACUCCAACAAAAUAUUGCUCUUACCCAGGAAGGAUCUGCUACAAGACAAUAUUCCUUACUUUGAUAAACCAACAAAAAAGCAUGAAUCCUGAGAAGAGUGUGCCCUUCUUCACAGUAUGUUAAAAGCUGGUAAUGGAAACUCUGAAAAACAGUAGUGUGUGCCUGUCUUAUUGUUUUCCAAAUAUUAAUUUAAUGCCAAGAAAAUGUGGACUGAAACCAGUUUUGUUUGUUAUGAUAUCACCAUGGACUUCUUUUGAGGAAGAUGGUACUGUAUCCACAGAAACUUGAGAUACAUGAUUUCCUUGAAAAAGAAAGUGUGUAAAUAUAUGUACUGCUGAACUUCAGAGAGCAGUAUCAGAUACAGAUUGUUUCCUAGCAGUCUAGAAUUUUGACAAACUAAACGCAAGUGAAUUGCAGCUCUUAAUUCUGAUAACGUGACAUUACAUACUGCUUUGAAAUAACUGAAAACCAUGUUGUAAAACUUAUCAUUAAAUUUAUGCUUCACAUCAAAAA